AACUAUAUCAUGAUGCUAUGGCGGCGGUCGAAUUCUUUGGAAAUCCUGAUUUAUUCAUUACAUUCACCUGUAAUUCAUUGUGGGAAGAAAUCACCGAGGCUUUUCGUGAUAUUGUUGGCCCAAAUAGCUAAGAUAAACCAAAGGUGGUUUCAAGGGUCUUCCACGCUAAGCUAAGCAUUCUCAUAGAUGACAUUAAGAAAAACUCCUACUUUGGAAAAACAAUUGCAAGUAAGUAUAGGUUGCUCAUUUAACAUCACUAUACGAAUUCCGCCUGUUCAGUGCUUUUCAAAAUAUACAUUUGGAUAUUUGCGCUUUUAACUUGCUUUACUUUGCUCCAGUUAUGUAUACAGUGGAGUUUCAGAAAAAGGGUUUGCCCCACAUACAUCUACUGGUUUGGUUGUCUGAAGAGAAUAAAUUGAGGAUGUCAGCUGACAUUGAUGAGGUAAUCUCAGCUGAAAUUUCAGACCCUCAACAAGAUCUAGUUGGAUAUGAAGCUGUCUGUAGAUUCAUGUUGCAUGGUCCAUGCGGUGAAGCAAAUACAAAUGCACCGUGCAUGCGAGACAAGAAAAAACACGCGAAUGGGAAAUGUUCCAAACAAUAUCCAAAGGAUUUCAAUUCAACCACCACAUUAGACAAGUUUGGAAAUGUAGUCUAUAGAAGAUCAAACACUGGCGUCGAGGUUCAAAAGGGAAGUUCAGUACUUGACAAUCGACAUGUUGUUCCAUACAACAGGAAUUUGUUGAUCAGAAUGCAAGCUCAUAUAAAUGUUGAGGUAUGUCACAAAGGCAAACUUAUUAAAUAUCUUUUUAAAUAUGUGACAAAAGGGCCGGAAAGAUCAUUGGUUAUUGCUGAAAACGCUGAUGCAUCGCAAAUAAUCCAGAAAUGCAAUCUUAGAGGCAUAGAGGUGAAAUUCAGCAGUACAUAGACUGCCGAUCGCUAUCAGCUUAUGAAGCCAUAUGGAGACUUAAUGAAUAUCCAAUUCAUGUAAGAGAACCAUCAGUGGUGCGUUUGUGAGUUCACUUGGAUGGUCAGCAAAAAGUAACUUAUAAGAAACAAUCCAAUGUUCGAAAUGUUUUGGGAAAUCCUAAUGUCGGGAAGACACAUUUGACAGAAUGGUUUGCUCUUAAUCGCAGGGAUCCUCAGGCAAGAGUCUUGACAUAUGCACAGAUACCAAAUAAUUACACCUGGCUUCCUGACUGUAAAGAGUGGAACCCUCGCAAGAAAGGAUUUGUGAUAGGGAGGGUUGCAUAUGUACCACCAGGUUCUGGCGACGUAUUUUUCCUCCGAAUGAUACUCACAAAAGUCCGUGGCGCUCUCAGCUAUGCUCAUCUCAGAACUGUCAAUGGAGAACUUUGUCCAGAUUUUGAAAAAGCUUGUGAAAAACUGUGUCUCUUAUCAGAUACUUCAUAAUGGAUACGUGUUCUAUCCGAUAUUUCGACUUCUAGCAUGCCACGAGUGAUACGAAGCACUUUCGUGUCAAUGCUCAUGUUCUGCGAAAUUCCAAGUCCAGCAGCAUUGUUCAAUUCAUCAUGGAAGUCAAUGGCUGAAGAUUACGCGUAUAGGUUAACCAAAGAUCUCAGAGACCAAACUCAGAAGCCCACUAAUGAACGACUACAGAACUGGGUACUACAUGAAUUGCAGGCUAUGUUGAGUUCUCACUCAAUGACAAUUGAGGACUUCAAUCUUCCAAUCCCAUGUUAUGGUUCACGUGAUGAUGGAGAGAACCCACUUAUUAACGAGCAUCUGGCCUUCGAUACAGAUCAGCAACAUGCACUAGCAACCUCUAUGCUACAUUCAUUGAAUCCUGAGCAAACCAAUGUAUAUACAUCUGUUAUCAACUCAGUCCUCAACAAGAUGGGUCGGGCAUUCUUCCUAUAUGGUCAUGGAGGUACUGGCAAAACGUAUCUCUACAAUGUCAUUACAGCUAGACUCAGAAGUUUGGGGAAGAUAGUUGUACUGGUUGCAUCAUCGGGAAUAGCAGCAACACUACUUCCCAAAGCAACCAAUGCACAUUCAAGGUUCAAAAUUCCUCUUAUUCUAGAUGCAAAAUCGACAUGCCCUAUUAAACACGGAACAAAUUUAGCUGACCUGUUAAAAGAAGCAUCCUUAAUCAUUUGGGACGAAGCACCAAUGACCCAUCGGCAAGCUUUCGAGGCAGUAGAUCGCAGCUUGUGCGACAUAUUGAAUGUUCCACUGAAUGGACAUCAUUAUAAACCUUUUGGAGGGAAGACAGUCCUCUUUGGUGGAGAUUUUCGCCAAACACUCCCUGUUAUAGCUGAUGCUGGACGUGAACAAACGAUUGAUGGCUCAUUGACUAGGUCCAAGCUAUGGAAUACUUUUAAAGUGAUGUGUCUAUAAAAAAACAUGCGCAUAACAACGGUCCAGCCUGCUGACCAACAGCUAAUGCAUGGAUAUUCGUUUCCAGAUUGGGUCCUUGCCUUAGGAGAUGGAAGACUUAGAGCAAGAUCAUUCAGAGAAGAUGGGCCACCAGAUUGGAUACAAAUUCCACCAAUGUUCCUAAUUGAUCCCGGGGAUGACUCUGUUCAGUCAGUCGCAGAUGAUAUAUAUGAUUUGUUUUCUGACAAUCAUAGGGAUCCAGCAUACCUAACCAGUAGAGCUAUAGUGACUCCAACGAAUGCGACAAUCUCUAGAAUCAAUGACUAUAUGCUGCAAAGGGUACCAGGCAAUACUAAAACAUAUUAUAGUUCAGAUUCACUGCAAUUAUCAACACAAACAGCGGAUUCGUUUGACGAAAGCUAUCCAACAGAGUUCCUUAACACUCUCACAUUCAAUGGAGUUCCAGACCACGAGCUUACACUAAAGGUAUUCACUCCAGUUAUGCUCAUGCGUAACUUAAAUCCUGGUCUUGGUUUAUGCAACGGCACAAGGAUCAUGAUCACAACAUUAGGGGAUAAUUAUAUAAAAGGCAACAUCAUGGGCGGUUCUUAUGACACUGACGAAGUCAUUAUACCAAUAAUAGUGCUCAACGUAGAGAACUCCAAGUGGCCCUUUAUACUAAGGAGGAGGCAGUUCCCAGUACGCUUAUGUUACGCAAUGACUAUAAACAAAAGCUAAGGACAAACGCUUGAAAAGGUUGGGAUUUAUUUGCCUGAGCCCGUAUUUAGCCAUGGCCAGCUAUAUGUGGGGGUUUCAAGAGUAAAAUUAGCGAGGGGCUUGAGGAUUCUUAUACAAAACCCAGCAGAAAUACCCCACGAUUUUACAAGGAACAUAGUCUUCACCGAAGCCUUCGCUGAUAUUAUGAACACCUAAACCAUACAUCAGGUGAGUUCGUUAAAUUGAACAAGCUAUUUGAUACUUCUACCAGAAAAUUCGCCUAACAAAAACAAUGUUUUUUGUAGGAUUGCAGUAAUACCCUGAUGCAACCAGGUCAAUCCAAAGAGGUCAAUGCCAUGUCUUAAUCACAUAUCUAGCUAAUGAAUAGUAAAGAAAUGC